GCCGCUCCCGCGGGCGGCGGCUGCCGGGCGGUGUCCUGCGGCCCCGCGCCCGUGCGGGGACUAUGAAGCACCAUGGUGUGGUGUGACCGUGGCGUCCAGAUGCUGCUGACCACGGUGGGCGCCUUCGCCGCCUUCAGCCUCAUGGCCAUCGCCAUCGGCACCGACUACUGGCUCUACUCCAGCGCCCACAUCUGCAACGGCACCAACAUCACGGCGGACGAGGCGCAGGGGCCGCCGCGGCGGGCGCGGGGCGAUCUCACGCACUCGGGGCUCUGGAGGAUCUGCUGCCUGGAAGGAAUCUACAGAGGACAUUGCUUCCGAAUCAACCACUUCCCUGAAGACAACGACUAUGACCACGACAGCUCAGAAUACCUUCUCCGCAUUGUCCGUGCCUCCAGUGUGUUCCCCAUCCUGAGCACAAUAUUGCUGUUGCUGGGAGGACUCUGUGUUGGAGCAGGAAGGAUUUACAACAGCAAAAACAACAUUAUUCUCAGCGCUGGGAUUCUCUUUGUUGCAGCAGGACUAAGUAAUAUCAUAGGGAUCAUUGUCUACAUAUCAAGCAAUGCGGGUGACCCAAGUGACAAGCGGGAUGAAGACAAGAAGAACCAUUAUAACUAUGGUUGGUCCUUUUAUUUUGGAGCUUUGUCUUUUAUUGUGGCUGAAACUGUCGGUGUUCUGGCUGUGAACAUUUAUAUUGAGAAAAACAAGGAGCUGAGGUUUAAGACCAAGAGGGAAUUCCUUAAGACUUCUUCCAGUUCUCCUUAUGCCAGGAUGCCAAGUUACAGGUACAGGAGGCGGCGGUCCAGGUCCAGUUCUCGAUCCACAGAGCCUUCUCCAUCCAGGGACAUUUCUCCAGUUGGCAUGAAGAUAGCAGGCACCAUUCCCAUGAAUGAAAUUUCCAUGUACACUCUUUCCAGAGAGCCCUUGAAGGUGACAACAGCUGCCAGCUACAACGCGGACCAAGAAGCCAGUUUUCUGCAGGUUCACAACUUCCUUCAGAAGGAAUUUAAGGAAGGACUCCAUGUCAACAUGGUCAACAGGAGAACAACGCCUGUUUGAAGUACCUUCCUUCCUCAUGCUUUUUGAAGAAAUAUUGAAACAGAACGGAGCUGUCAUGGAAGAGAAGGAGUGAUGUUAAAAUACCCUCUCACCUCUUUAACUGUGGCAUGUGUUGAGGUAGCAAGUGGAGAUCCUCUGGACCAACAUAAAGAUACUACACGCUCGUAGCUUUUUCUGAAGCUGUUUGGAGUUUGUUUCUUUGAGUUCUUGGUGUCACGAGAUGAAGGCAGUUCAUGUUCCUGCACUUUUGUAGUGUGUACAAAGUCUUGGAGAACCUGCAAUGGACUUGCCACCAGUGUGUUUCAAAGGGUUACAGAAAAAUUGUUGUGCCGCGCUUUUUUCCCCCCCCCCCCCAGAAUUGAGAUCCCUUAAUACAAACUUGCAAAUGUAAUUUAUAAGCAAGCUCAAGGAUGGCUAUGAACUCCUCAAGUGAGCCACUUUCCUGUGACACAGCAGAAGCUUUGCCUCUUUCAAAAAAAAAAAAACCACACACAAAAAAAAAAAAAAAAAAAAAGGAAAAAAAAGAAAGAAAAUAUUUUUGAAGGCAACACUUUGUAGAACUGACCUGUGCUGCUGGAACCAUGGAGCAUCACGUGCUGAGCAUCACAGGCUCCUGACGGGGUGGUUGGGGACCUCCCAGUUCUGGGUGUUUGGUGUCCCCCCGGCCAACGCAGGUGGGGAGAAGAGGGUGGGCACCUCUUGGAACACCUAGAAAGGGAAGGAUGAAAGUAGGUGGGACUUGAGCAUAUUUACAAAUAUCAUUUCUUGCCUAACAUUACGAAAACUUGAAUUCUCAUUUCGACUAGCCCUAGUGCCUGAUCCGGCAAGGUGCUGAGUGCUGUCUGUCAGGAGCCCCUGGAGACUGCGAAUGGUGGGAGCCAGGAGCAGAGCUGAGCUGGGGUGGCCAGUUCCCUGCCACUGGAUUCCUGUUUUCCUUACUGCUUCACAAGUGCAACACUAACGCUACUGGAAACUAAGAUAUCUAAGCAAUGUGUGCAAGAAUCCGAGAAGUUCACGCGUUUGGACCGGCAAGACCUGGAGCGAUGGGAACGGAGCGUUAACUCAACGGAUGACAACUUUGUAUUUUUUAAAAAUAGAACAAAAAUAAUCACCGUUUAUGAGAUAUUUAUUAAACUCUUUUUAUUCUGAAUAAGUGCCGCAUGGUGCAAGGUAGAGUUGCUUUUAGAUGGAAAUGAUGGUUCGACCUAAUUUAAUUUAUUUUGUAAUGAUCAAUCUACUUCCGUGCAGAGAGCCCACAGAAAACUCUAUGCAUCCACCUGAGAGGGGAACUGAUUUGUACCCUUUGCUUCUGUAUGUUUCUAAAAAGGUCUGAUUUUUUUCCUUUUUCUUUUUAAAGUUCCUCUUUCAUUUUUUACACUUAGGCUUGGAAUCUCAAAGCUCGAGGGCCUGGCUCAAAGGUAAUUAAAUUUACUAGUACUCGUGUUGAUUUAGUGACUGCUUGACCAAGCCAUGUAAGAAUGAGGUGCCCGGUUCCCCUUGGAUUACUUAGGUGCAGUGAGAGAGGAGCAUCUAAUCCCUGUAGAUUCCUUUGAACAUACCCAUCUUUUUUGCCCAGAAAAUCUUUGCUACCAGAAGACUAAAGGAGGGGUGACAAGAAAAACAAAAUCAUGGUUUGGAAAGCUUGCCUCACUGAUGGUGGGAGAUCUCAGCCAAACCAGUGCAACCUCUUUAGUCUUAAUUUCUCCUGUGAUGGCCACAGCGUGAGGGGCUCGGUGUCUUGGGUACGAGGCUUGCAGCUAGAGGAAACAAGUCCUCCA